CCUCCUCGUCGUGUGCAUUGCAACUACAGAGCGGAGCAGUGGAGGAAACCCCCAUCGGAUCUGGCCAUUUAUAUACAUACAUUUCUUUUUCCCAUCUCCACCGCGCCGCUGCUGAGUGGGGAUCGCACCAACUAGUGAGUCUGAGAUGGUGAAGAACCCAGGAGAGGAUUAGUAAUUGGGCACGAUUUGCGUAAAAGUCAGCUGUUAGAUUUUGGGAGGGGGAGACCAUUUACCAGCUUCGCCCCCAAUCGUUUUGAUAUACAUUUUUUUAUUGGUUGUAGUAGUGUUUUUUAUUUUAUUUCUACCCAUCACACGCUUUAUUUCAAGCGCGCAAAGUCACAUCUGCGUAGGAGAGCGCUUGGCGCACUUCUCCCCCAAAUGACAGAGACAAGAUCUCCAUUAUUCUGUUUGGAUUUAAACUGGACGACUGGCUGAAUGGGUGACCUCGCCGAAACACAGACUACCACUGGCUUCUACCCAUUUUAUGGAAACGUGUUUUCUCUAUUGACCUGGAGUUGUGAUCUCCAAAGCCUUCCCCACUGACUGACAAACGGCGUCGUACCAUUUUGGAAUCGAGUUGAAGGCUGUGAGGACGGGGGGGAAGAUGAGACCUCCCAGCCCUCUGCUGAUCCUGCUGUACGUCACGCUGUCCAAGAGUGUAAAGGUGGUCUCUAAGAGAGGCUCAGUGGACGGCUGUACAGAUUGGUCAGUGGACUACCUUAAGUACCGAGUGCUGCAGGGUGAGCCGGUGCGGCUGAAGUGCGCACUGUUCUAUGGUUACAUCCGGGCCAACUACAGCCAGGCACAGAGUGUGGGCCUCAGCCUCAUGUGGUAUCGCAGCUCUGGCCUGGGCCACAGCGACUUUGAGGAGCCCAUCUCUUUCGACGGUAUACGUAUGAGCAAGGAGGAGGAUGCCAUCUGGUUCAGACCUGCUGACCUCCAGGAUGCGGGACUCUACUCUUGCGUCUUACGGAACUCCACGUACUGCAUGAAGGUGUCUAUGUCUCUGACUGUGGCAGAGAAUGACACAAACCUGUGCUUCAACUCCAAUAUGAGACGAACUGAGAAGGCUGAGCUCAGCAAGAGCAAAGACAUCCUCUGUCCUGACAUAGAUGACUAUGUUGAACCUGGCAAAGGGCCGGACAUCAUCUGGUACAAGGAGUGCCGUCCAAAGCAGUGGCGCGCCAGUAUCAUCCAGAAGAGAGACAUUCUGUCUAUACAGGAGGUAAAGGAAGAUGACAUUGGGAAUUACACCUGUGAAGUCCAGUUUGGUGGCUUUGUGGUCAGGAGGACAACAGAACUCACAGUCACUGCACCUUUGACCGACAAACCGCCAAAGAUCCUGUUUCCCUCGGAAAACAAGAUUAGCAACAUGGAGCUGCAGCUAGGAAGUGCUUUGAACCUGACUUGCCGCGCAUUUUUUGGCUACAGCGGUGACGUCAGCCCACUCAUCUACUGGAUGAAGGGAGAGAAGUUCAUAGAGGACUUGGACGAAGAGAGAGUCCAGGAAAGCGACAUCAAGCUUGUCAAGGAGCAUCUUGGUGAGCAGGAAGUGGCCAUUUCCUUGACUAUUGACUCCUUGGAGGAGGAUGACCUGGGAAAUUAUUCCUGUUAUGUGGAAAAUGGUAACGGCCGUCGCCAAGCUACCAUCCAGCUCCUCAGGCAGGCAGAGCUCAUGUACACCGUGGAGCUGGCAGGAGGACUAGGAGCCAUCCUGCUGCUACUCAUCUUCCUCAUCUCCCUUUAUAAAUGCUACAAGAUAGAGCUGAUGCUUUUCUAUAGGAGGCACUUUGGCAGCGAAGAUGUGGAUGGAGAAAACAAAGACUACGAUGCGUACCUGUCCUACACCAAAGUGGACCCUGACCAGUGGAGUCAGGAGACCAGGGAAGAGGAACGCUUUGCCCUGGAGAUCCUCCCUGAUGUCCUGGAGAAACAUUAUGGCUACAAACUCUUCAUCCCAGAUCGAGACCUCAUUCCAACAGGAAGUCUCACCAAUGAGCAUUACCAGGAUGACACACGACUCUUUGGAGCCUACAUAGAGGAUGUGGCGCGUUGCGUGGACCAGAGCAAACGCCUCAUUAUAGUUAUGACACCCAACUAUGUCGUGCGGCGAGGCUGGAGCAUCUUUGAACUGGAGACGCGGUUGCGCAACAUGCUGGUGACUGGUGAGAUCAAAGUCAUCCUGAUUGAGUGUGCCGAGUUGCGCGGCAUCAUGAACUACCAGGAGGUAGAGGCUCUCAAGCAUACCAUUAAAACCCUUACUGUCAUCAAGUGGCGCGGCCCCAAGAGCAACAAGCUCAACUCCAAGUUCUGGAAGCAGCUGCAGUACGAGAUGCCGUUCAGGCGUACAGAGCCCAUGCUCACUCACGAGCCUGCGCUGGACGUCAGCGAGCAGGGCCCCUUUGGAGAGCUGCAGACCGUCUCUGCCAUUUCCAUGGCAGCAGCCACCUCCACUGCCAUGGCCACCGCCCACCCAGAGCUGCGCUCCACGUUCCACAACACCUACCACACCACCAUGAGGCAGAAACACUACUACCGCAGCUACGAGUAUGACAUACCCCCUGGAGGGACCCUACCACCUCUCUCCUCUCUGGGGAACCAGCACACCUACUGCAACAUCCCACUUACACUGCUGAACGGACAGAGGCCUCCUGGGAAGAGCCGAGAGCACAGCCUGGAGGAGGCACAUGCUAACAAUGCCAUGCUCCCUCUGCUGCCAAGAGAAACCAGCAUUUCCAGCGUCAUCUGGUAAUGAUGAACAGUCAGGGUCAGACAUGGCAGGCUCAGUCUGGUUGCUCUUAGAAACACAGUUUAUGGUCGUGAUUAUGGUGGAUAAGUGUUUUGGAUCCAUUUGGUUCCAACUGGUAUUUGGACACAGUUUCCCUUGUUUUUUUCAAGUGGACACCGCCUCUGAGGAUGUUUUCUAUGUGGAACUCAAGGAUAUAUAAUAAAGACACUGUUUUACCAACUAGUGAGAUACGAACUCGCAAGAACUCCACAUUAAAGGACCUACACACUAUGGCAAUUGUGCACACCCCUGCAGACACAUACACACACAAAUGUCCAUACAUACAAACAAAAGGAAAACAGGGUCUUGUACAUAUAUUUCAAUUUAUUUGUAGCAUCAGUGUUUUCCUGUUUUUUCCUUAUUUGUUUUAUUCAAUUUAAAAUGUUUGUUGCCUUCUCUACUGUAGGACUUUGCUUUAACUUGUUAUACAGAGUUGUAUAUUUUUUAUUGGUUUUUCUUUUUUGUUUGUUUUUUAUUCUAAUUUCAAUAUGCUUGUUUGGAAAGCCAGUAUGUCAUAUACCUGCGCUGUUGUGUUUUUUGUUUGUUUGUUUGUUUGUUUUUAAAUCCUUGUGUAGUUUAAGAAAACAUUUUUUUACAUUUUUGCAAUUGCCUGGACAUUUCAGGAGCUUCAAGGAGCUGAAACUUCUCUUUGUUUACCUGUAAAAGGUGUAUCUAGUUUAAAAGUAAACUCUCUUUUAAAAAAAUCAUAGAAUAUGCAAAAAGAAGGAGGAACUGGCAAAAAAGUACCGUCCUGUGGGACCGAGAAGGAGGAGCAGUUGGGGGGCCGUGCUAGUCCUCUCCAAUCAGAUAGACCGAUAGACUGGCAGAUCUCUCUCUAAAGCUUCAUAUUUUCUAUUGAAACAAACAGCCUUGCUGUUUUAGAGUGAUAGUGAAAUGCCUCACCUUAAAAAUAAAUCUGUAGAUUAUUUUAAAAAGAAUUCUAUUUUUAUAACUGAAAAAAGUUUGCUUGAGAAGUCAUACUUAUUUGCAUUUCAUCUACCAUAGAAAGGGGAUUUGUGUAUAAGUGUUAUGCUGGUUUUGUACACUUGCAAUGUGGUUCCUGGUUUGUCAAGAGGUGGCUUUUGAAUCCCACAUGAAAAAAUAUGUCCUCUACUCUUCUAGAUUCAAAAGUAAAGCAUUUUUAAUGUUUUGGUUUUUAAAACAUAAUAUUAUUCCCAUCCUGAUAAUUACUUUGGUUCAUAUGGAUAGUUCAUGUUUAAGGAAAGAAAAGAAUACAUUUGUGUUUUGAAAGACUUUUUAAAUAUAUUUGAAGGUGUGAUUUUUGAGUAUGCAUAGCAAAUAGAUAUGUAUUCUAUAUAUAAUAUAGAUAUUUAUAUAAAUAUAUAAACACAAUUUUCACUUGGAAAGAAAUGUCUAUCUUUAUAGAAACACAAUCAUUAUCAGUUGCCCUUACUUUCUCACUGCACAUUAAAAACAUUGAUUUCCUUUUGUGUCCAACUUUGACCAUUUGUUGGCAGUAAUUCACAGCAUCUGCCUCACACACUGAUGAUGACACUCGUAAAAAUCCCCACCUGCUUUUCUGAUUAUUUUUGUAAAUAACUAACAAUAACUAGCCCUACAAUUUAUUGGAGGAUUAAAGGGUGGAAGUAACUAAUUACAUUUACUCAUGUUACUGUAACACAGUCGGUUUUUGUUUACUUUUUUAAAACCGUUACAGGGUAAACAAAAGUCCUGAUAAACUGCUGGGAAGGAUACUGAAGGAGCCAAAUCAGCAGCUGCAGCACGUUCACUAACUGAGUGUCAGAGCUGCAGUCGUAGCUGGACUGGUAAUAGCAGUGAAAAGUACAAAAAUGCGUUCAAUACAAUAUUCUAAAAUUAAGGAUCACGUCAUUAUGGGGUGAAGUUGUGGUUAGCAUUAUUGUACAUCGGCGUAAUUAAACAAGGUUGCAUCUACCUUAAUUAAUCACAGAUUUAAUGCAUCAUCCAGUCAGCACUUUACCCAAAUCAAACACACCCAUGAUGUUGCUCCAAUGGUGCACCUGGGUCUGGCUAAAGAAAACAUGCUAAAAUGCUCACAUGGAGUGGAUUCUCCACGAGUUUUGUGUUCACUUAAGAACUUUUACCUUCUGUGAGCUGUGUAAGUUUCUUCUGUGUGUGACAAUAAUCCCAGAAAACAGGUGCGACUCCAGUCUUUCAGCUCAAGUGUUAAAAACUUUGAGAAGGGCAGUGGGACAGAAAGGCCAGUGUGGACGGGAGAAUAAAUGAGCAGAAAAUUUUAACCUAGAGCAGGCUUAGAAGGACUUUGCAGUACACAAAGCUCUCAGAAAGUCAGUCUGACAGGUGAGUACAAUAAUAAAACUCACUGAUUGCUCUAACUCUCUACAGAUGAGAGCAUCAGCAACAGGUGUGGGUGUCUGCAUGUGUAAAAACUGCAGUUUCUCAUUUGCAUAUAUAGGCUAUGUGUGAUUUUGGCUGCAGUCGCUGUGGAGUAUGUUAUUUAUACAUCUCUGUGGUGUCUCCUUUGGUGAUGCUGUAUUCUACUACUGAUUCUAAAUAGAUGUCAGGAUGUUUAAUUGAUGGUGGCUUAAUAAUACUUGUUGCACUCACCGAGGUGUCCAUAGACUUUUACAAAGGCAU